AUGGGUAACGAUGGUUCAUCAAUAGUCCGGGUUAAGAAUUUGCAGGUUUCCUUGGAUCAUCUUCCAAACAAAACUCGAGACAAGGAGGCCAAGAAUUUCGAUGCCGUUUCUCGUUGGACCGUGUGCCGACUCACUGGUCAACCUCUGAGGCUCCCAGUUGUCAGUGAUUAUCUUGGAAACCUACUUAACAAGGAAUCGAUACUAGAGUGGCUUCUAACGCCAGACAAAGAAGAUUAUAGCGAAGAGCAAAUAAGGCUUUUUGGCCAUAUCCGAUCCCUGAAAGAUGUUGUGGAGCUUGGGAAUCUAGUAGUCGAUAAAGACUCAAGGCUUAAAUGCGAUGUUGGAGAUGAGAUACUAGGAAAGAGUUCUAGCAAACUGUCGUAUCCAGCCAUCUGUGGCCAUGUUUUCCCUCGGCGCAUGCUAGAUAAUGCCACCGAGCAACCUAAAUGUCCCGUCUGCGACAAGCCAAUUUCAAAGAGUGAUACUAUUACGCUCAACGCAGAGAGCACUGAUCGCGAUGCACUGGAAAAGCGUAUGAUUCGCCUCAAAAGAUCGAAUCUUACUCACAGCGGGAAGCGUUCCAAGUCAAAAAAGCGCGAAGCUCCAGCCAUAGGGAACUCAAACACCAAGCGCCAGCGUAACUGA